AUGACCUCCAGUGGCGCCGGCGACCCUGAGCUUCAUAGGAGUUUGGUAGAAGUAUUUUUGUCACGAAUUGACCCUGUAUUCAAGGUUAUCCAUCAACCUUCCCUAAGGGCGUUUUUGUUGGAAGGCAAGCAGUAUCUCGACUAUGAAGACGGACGCCAUGCGCCGAAUACACUCGCAUCUGCUAUCUACUAUGCUGCCGUUUGCAUUCUGAGCGAGGAAGAAUGUGACCGCGUUUUCAAGGAGCAUAAAUCGUCGGUGGUCGCGAAAUAUCGGAGAGUCUGCGACGCCGCCCUAUAUCAUGCUGAUUUCCCGACAACAAACGAUUUAACUGUCCUUCAGGCCUUCAUGAUAUCCUUGCUUUCAUACCGUCUUUUGGACCAAGGCCGACGUGUAUGGACAAUGUUGAGCAUGGCAUUGCGAGUAGGCCAAGCAUUAUCGCUCCACAUUGUGAAUCCUCCUUUCCCAAUCAGGCCGCUGGAGACGGAAUUACGCAGACGUGUCUGGCAUGCUAUCGGCAUCCUCGACGCCCAGUCGUCCUUAGAUCGAGCAACCGAGCCGAUGGUUAUACCCGCAUGGCUCGAACAGAACACUCCAUCGAAUAUUAACGACAACGAUAUCGGCUUCUUCAGCAAUGCAAUCCCACCAGAAACAACCGAAUACACCGAUAUGACAUUUACAUUGCUUGUGGCGAAAGCCCAUAAAAUUAUGCGAUCGCUUAAUUUCUCGCGUUGGACGCAGCAUGGGAUCAUGGACAUGGAAGAUCGACAGUCAAUCGUGAUCGAGUUUCAAAAAGAAGCGAUAAAAAUGGUUUCUGGGUGCUGUUCGGAGAAUGACCCGCUCCAGUGGCUUACUGUCAAGACGGCGGAAUGCCUCACUGCUUCUCUACAGCUGGCUGCACUGAGGCCUCUGCAACGGGACUCGAGUUUUACGCCACCCCAGGUCAAGAACCAUGGUCUUUUGAGACUUUGCGUAGAUAUUCUGCAGAGAACACAAGAUCUUUCUGAGAAUCCUCUCGUCGAGUCGUGGCGCUGGUUUCAGCAACUAUGGGCUCCUUGGCAUCCACUCUCCGUGGCCCUUGCUGAGCUUUGUGCUUGCGACGAUGUCUCUGUCAUGGAGUCGUAUUGGUCAACUGUGGAACACUCUUUCCGCGUCGUUGGACAUGCCGUGGCCGACUCCAAAGACGGGAUGCUGUGGAAACCAAUUGAUAAAUUGAUGAGACAGGCAGAGUCAAGGAGAGCGGCUCUCAUAGCAACAACUAUUCCGCAAGAGCCACAACGACCCGCUCCUGUUAACCAGCUUGCCCGGAACAAUCGACCACAAGGCUCCACACUGAGCUCGACUUCUAUUGAACAGAGUGCUGUCGGAAAUGCUUUGCCACCGAUGGAGACAAGCGAGCAGAACACUUCAGAGCCCGAUACCCCCAAGGAUAUCUGGGAGAUAUUGAACUUUGACGACUGGACGGAAGAUCUUGGUCAAACCUCGUGGUCUAGCUUCACGAGCUUUCUGGAUGAUUUGCAUGAGGCAGAUGACUCCAUACUGACCUUCUCAUGAUUACUUCUAUCUGUCCAGACCGUAGGGAGGAAAGAAUAUCCCAAAGUCUAUGCAAACAUCUAACGGUCACUGUGAUAUCUCUGUUUCACGAAACAUCGGAGACCACAUAUCUGCUUAUUCCACAUAUGAUAUCUUCACAGAACCUACGUAUGGCACAGAUAAAACUGCUACUACACGGGUGAGAAAGGCUC